AUGAUCAUUGAUCGUCAAACGUUAUUCCCAGGAUUUCUCCUUUUUCAUUCACAUCUCUAUCAUCGAUUUGAAGAAAUUCGUGAAAAACCGAAAGGAUGGAUUACCCAUUUCAUCAUUAUUGGAAUCACUUUGUGGCAUCUUCUUUAUUUGUUUCGUCACACAAAACGCUCAACCGCUCUUCAAUAUGGGAUUUCGGGGCAGAAAAAAGUCGAAAGGAAAGAGAUCAUUGUUAAUGUCAAUCUUUUCACUCCACCACCAAUAAAACAACGAGCACUCACAAAGGUGGAAAAUCUGAGUGAGUUGAAAAAAGAACAAGAAGAUAUCAUGAAAGGUCUUCGACAAGUUGGAUUAUUUGAA